AUUUUACGGGGAUGGAGGCGGUUCUUGCUAGAGUGUGGUCGCCUUUGUGAUUUACCUUCCAUGUGUAAGGAGUGGCAAAUUACAAAUGGACAGAAGGAUGGAGUGGAGCUGCUUGGUUGGGAAUACACAGAACUUGGUCAGAAAAGGGAGCAUUCUCUACCACGUGUGGGUGUUUAGGCAGGAGAGCUCUUUGAGUUGCCAUCUGGCACCAAGGGCUCACGAAUGAGUAAGAAGGGAUAGGAGUCUUGGUGGCUCAAUAUACUUUUAUCACCUGAUGUGAAAUAAAUGUUUUUUCAUUUAUUUUGAGAGAGACUGGGGGAGAGAGAGAAUCUUAAGCGGGGUCCGGGCUAUCAGCGCAGAGCCUGACGCCUGGCUGGAUCUCGGGAAUUGUGAGAGCAUGACCUGAACUGAAAUCAGGAGUCAGAUGCUUAACCUACUUGAUUAAGGUGUUUUUAAUUUGUUUUUAACCUCUUUUUGAAGUAGUUUAAAUGGGGGUGAAAAUGGUGGGAAAGCCUUGAAUUACUACCUUGAAUUGUUAGGACACUGGAGAACUUUACAAGGGAUCUGCUUUGUAUAAAGCAAACAACUGGAUUCUUCCCGGAGAUAUUGGUGCUGGUACAGAUGGAGAAAGAAAAGGAAGCUUUGGAUGUGAUUGAAAGGACCCAGGAAAUGCAGUUAGUGCCGAGUGGGAUGCAUACGUAGCUGUAGCUGAGAGGAUCGCUGACUUACCCUUAUUUAGAUGACCUGGAUCCAUCUCCCAGAUCACGAGCCAAAGUUAAAGAACUUCCUCCUUCCCCUUCACAGGCAGAACUGAGCAUUUCCUUGUGAGGAGUGGCAUCUAUGCAGAGGAAGCUGAUGGAGAAUAGUAGUUACUAGAAAUUAUGAUUUGGAGUCUGGGUUUUUGUAUUUGUUCCAGUGUCUAGCGUUUUUAAGGGCAAGUUACAAUUGAAACUUUGUUGGUGCCCUUUAAAGUUAGGUUUAAGUAUACAGCCUAUUGGGGGGUGCUGGGAUUUUUUUUUUUAAGUGAGUUUAUAGCUAUUUGUUUCUAAGUGGUUUUAGCCCCAAAGGAAAGGAGAGGGACUUGCACUUGGAGGUGGUGGAGGGCCCUAUACAAACUCUACUUGAGCCUCAGAACGAUGACCAUUUCAUUACUAAAUUAUGGUCCUGAAUUUGGCAAACCUUUCAAGGCACAGGAGAUGUGUUGAGCCCCACUGAGUGUAUGGAUGACUGAUUUCCUUGUCCUCAUCUUUCCCAUCGUUACUUUUGUGAAAAAGACACUUCAGAAUGUUGAACCCUCUGCUUCUGUGCUGACAGUUUACCAAAUGGCUGAAAAGAGAAGAGAAAAUUUGAUUAUUUUUUUUAAAAAUCUGAGGUGGUUAACUGUUCACAGCUAGUCGCUCUGUUCUUUUCGGUCACAGGCAUAUGACUGCUUGUAUCGGAGAUGUUAUACUUUGGGCGUUACGGAAUUGGAAUUUCCUUUCAGUUCAGGACCCCUUUGUGACGGUGAUUUCAUCAGAUGGAAAAAUCAGAUUGUCAGCAAGAAUACGAAGAGGGAGCCAGCCUGGAUCAUUUGUUGGCAGUACAUAUUGGCUGAAGUCAGUUUUCAUUUCAAGAUGUUUUCUUCCAAUGGGCUUUUGCUGUAGGAUGUUGGAAAACCAAGAGCAGGAGGAGGUGAUCACUGUGCGUGUUCAGGACCCCCGCGUGCAGAAUGAGGGCUCCUGGAAUUCUUAUGUGGAUUAUAAGAUAUUUCUCCACACCAACAGCAAGGCCUUUACCGCCAAGACGUCCUGUGUGCGUCGCCGCUACCGUGAGUUCGUGUGGCUGAGAAAGCAGCUACAGAGAAAUGCUGGUUUAGUCCCUGUACCUGAACUUCCUGGGAAGUCAACCUUCUUUGGCAGCUCAGAUGAGUUCAUUGAGAAGCGCCGGCAAGGUCUGCAGCACUUCCUGGAAAAGGUCCUGCAGAGUGUGGUCCUCCUGUCAGACAGCCAGCUACACCUCUUCCUGCAAAGCCAGCUCUCGGUGCCUGAGAUCGAAGCCUGUGUCCAGGGCCGAAGCCCCAUGACGGUUUCUGACGCCAUUCUUCACUACGCUAUGUCGAACUGUGGCUGGGUCCAGGAGGAGAGGCGGGGUUCUUCUCACCUGGCUAAAGGAGACCAGCCUAAGAGUUGCUGCUUUCUUCCACGAUCGGGCAGGAGGAGCUCUCCCUCACCACCUCCCAGGGAAGAAAAGGACCAUUUCGAGGUUGGUUACACAGAGGCGGGUCGCAAUAGCUCCUCAGGCUUCCUCCGCAGGAUUAAACACUGUACAGUUGUAAGGUAGGCGUAAGGCCCGCGGGCUGUUGGUUUUGCACGGAAACACUGGGCGGGGGGUGGUAUAUUUACUCCCCUGGGAGCUGAGUUUCUUUAGAUGUUCGUUAAUGGACCCGAGAGCAUUGCCUCAGGUGACUGGUUUUGGGGACCUGCAAGUGGCAGAUUUUAAGCUGUCCUGUUGAAUACUGACCCAACAGAAACACUUGCGUAGUUGUAUUCCCGGGGGCUGUUUUUGCUGCGGCCCUUGGAGCACUUUGUUUCUGGGAGGCUGGCCUCUUGCCUGCCUCCUUUGGUGGACCAGGGGGUGAAUGUUGAUUCUCCCACCCCCUCGCUUGCCUUCCUUCACUAAUCCCAAGGAACGAACAGUGCUGUGACUCCUCUGUCGCCAGGGUUUCCCGCAUAUCCUGAGACCUCAGUCUCACCGCAUGGGGCCUGAGCUCAUGGCCAUCUGCGGAAGAGAAGCGGUUGGUCACAGCCCGAGGAAAGGCAACGGCUCGGGGUUUUGUUUUAGAAAAGGCUGUCCUGGGUCCUGCGCUGUCGCUGUCUUUUCCGGUUACAAAGCAGAGAUGUGACUGUGUUUUCUGCACGGUUAGUGUGGGCUCCUUUCUUUUUUGAAUCCUUCUCUUCUCCCUGAGUAAUAGCCUCCUGCCCCCGGGGCUUCAGCUACCACGGUGUCCCUCUGCUGUGUUGCUGUGUUGCAGGGAGGCCGUAUGUUCAGUCCAAUGGGGCGCAAGGGCUUUGUCUGUGCCUGGAGAGAGGGCUCUGGGGAUGGAGGUGAGGAACGACACGCCUUCACACAAUGAGGCAUUCUGCCCUCCUGCUGCCGUAAUUCCUCUCCGCGGAGAGCCGAGCGGCUAGGAGCCCAGUGCCGCUGGCGGUGUGCAUUGCGUGGCGCUUAGGUGUGGGUGUGGGUGUGGGUGUGCGGUUCUCCUCUCGCCCACCCCCCCCCCUCUGGCCACCCCGCCCUGUCUGCGGGCUCCUUUAACACCAGCCUGUGCUGUGGGACUGUCAUGGCAUUUAGUUCAGAGUUGAGGGGCUUUGGCCUGAAAUAAAAUUCCAAGUAUUUAA